UGACGUCAUCUUCCGUGGCCUCCACAUAUAUUUUCAAAACGGUUGGCGGAUUAAGUAGAUGGGGAAUAACCAAGGCCAUAUUCUACAGUAUAACUUCAAACUGGAUCUCUUCUAAGGCAGUGAAGAAAUGGCUCCCUUCAAGUUUGUCAUUAAGUGUGGGAACUUUGCUGUAAUGGUGGAUCUCCAUGUUUUGCCCUUGGGGAGCCCAGAGUCCACCAGCUGGUUUACUACAGACAGAUUUGAGGAGGUUGCAUCUCUAGUGCGAGAUCCUGUCGACCAGAGGGUGAAGCAGUAUGCAGAGUUUCUGCCAAACAGAAGAGGGCCUAAGCAGAAGAAGGAAUUGCCACCUGCCUCAGCGUUUUUUCUGAAAGGGGAAAACUUCAACCUUGUGGCCAAUUUCUUCAGGCGGCACUCCAAUCUCAGAUGUGUUGUGGAGCAGGAUUUGCGUCUGUUUCCUGAGCGAUAUGUCGUGUGUGUGAGCUGCCCAGAAGAUGCCUCGGUGCACCAUGGAAACCCGAGCCUGGCCGCGCCUGAGCUGAGUGAGCAAACCAGAUCAGAAUAUUUUUCCAGUGUGGGAGAAAUCCGAGAGCUUUUACACAGCCCGAGAAAAACAAAGAAGUCUGUGCUUCAAAAGAUAGCCAAACAAGCCUGUGUCCAGCAAGAGAUCUGUGGUUCUAUGACUGAGAUGCAGCAGAUGGACCAGAGAGGCUUCCCCAAAAAGCAGAAACUGGAACAUAAAGCUAGGCAUUCAGACCCAAGACCAGAGGCCGUGCCCAUGUCUGAGCCGAACGCACCCCUGGAGGCAAACCACAAGGUGCCUUGCAGCGAGGCCUUAAUUGAACUUGAGGCUGAGAUACGGUCUGCUCAAAAGCAAAAGCAUGAGUCAAGCCAUGAAAUAACAAAGAAGAGCGGCAAGAGGUGCGAGCCCAGUGAUGCUGGGGAAGAUCCUGGCUUACAACUGGCCAAGAAAACGUGCCUUGGAAGCCCUUCAGCCCCAGUGCAAAUCCGCUCUACCUCGCAAACAUCCAACCAAAACCUCCCUCCUCCGCUGCCACUUCCUACAGUCGUAGUGAUGGCAGAGUCCAAGGCUUUCCCUGUCUCCGAGUGCAAGAAAACCACACUGGAAGUAGAGCUGCUUACUCCAGGGAAACAGGCCCAGAGGCUCCUCCUUACAAGCAAUAACACAGCAAAGACAAACCAAAACAGGCCAGCCGCAAGUCUGAGGGGCCUAUCUGUCAAGCCCGCAUCCUCGGGCUCCUCUAUUGGUUCCAGAUCUGCACUCAGUGUGGAGGGGAGUGAAAACGUGCCCAGAACCUCCAGAUUACGACGAACGAAGAGGUCCUGAGAGGGAAAGGAAAGCUGAAGGAAAGAUCCCUGACGCCACGGUGUUGGAGAUUUUAUUCUGUCAGGCUGCAUGCUCGCAGCUCAUGUGGUCUCUAGAAAACUUUACUUGUUCUUUUUAACACAUUAUUCUUGUGACUUAAAUCAAAUGUUAACCACUUUUUGUCAAUUUAAACUAAAUUAUUGGAGUUUUCUCUCGACAAAUACUUAAAACAGGCCUGUUUUAAGUAUAGAGUACGGAGUUCUGCAAAUGAAGUAAAAAAAAAAAACCUUUAUAGGGGAAUAGAUUUGGUUUUGUGUUAAAGC